AUUGAUGACGCGUGCACCUGCCUCCUUCUAUAGUCCUUGACGGAGCUAGCUGUUAGCUCCCGGGUGGCUAGCUUGACAUACAUUACAGUUACAGACCAGUUGAGCUUUAUUUCAUUAUAAAGUCGGCGGGAAACAACUCUCUAAUGUGUCACGGUGCCAGGACGGUGUGUGUCAUAUAUCGCAGUGAAGGAUUCAGACAAGAGUUGACGACGACAUCCGUCAUGAAAUGAAGCGGUUACUUAAUCAACCAUCACUCAAAGACAGAAAGACUCGGAUGUUGCUGCCAUGUGCCGGUCUCACACCCGAAGCAGACGAAGAACUCCGCUCAUUGAAGAAAUCCCAUCGACUUUCUGCUGCCCUCUGAUUGAGGAAACGUUCAGUGACUCUCCUCCAGGACUCCCAGAGCUCCACCACCACCACAGCGUGUCCGCCUAGACCCGGCCUUCAUCUCAGCAGCAGCUUCCUCCUCAUCCUCUUACAGGACUGGCUCUACUGUCAGUAAGGUUAAUUCACAAAUGUCUACCUCACGAUUAAAAGACCCCUCUCCAACACUGCGACCCUGAACAGGAUACAAAAUGACCUCGAGCAUUGACCGGGAUGACAGCAGUAUCUUUGAUGGGUUAAUGGAAGAAGAUGAAAAGGACAAAGCAAAGCGUGUGUCCCGUAACAAGUCUGAGAAGAAACGCAGAGACCAGUUCAAUGUCCUCAUCAAGGAGCUGGGCACCAUGUUGCCGGGCAACACCCGGAAGAUGGACAAGUCCACUAUUUUGCAGAAGAGCAUCGACUUUCUGCACAAACACAAAGAAAUCGCUGCUCAGUCGGAGUCAACUGAGAUCAGACAAGACUGGAAGCCUCCUUUUCUUAGUAAUGAAGAAUUCACUCAGCUGAUGUUGGAGGCGUUAGAUGGAUUUUUUCUUGCAAUUAUGACUGAUGGGAACAUAAUCUACGCCUCUGAGAGUGUGACGUCCCUACUAGAACACUUACCUUCUGAUCUUGUGGAUCAGAACCUGUUGAACUUCCUGCCGAUGGGGGAGCAUUCAGAUGUGUACAAGGCUCUGUCCUCUCAUAUCAUGGAGGGAGAGACGCUGACGCCAGAAUAUCUGAAAACAAAAAAUCAGCUAGAGUUCUGUUGCCACAUGCUCCGAGGGACGAUCGACCCCAAAGAGCCCCCCGUGUACGAAUAUGUCAAGUUCAUUGGAAACUUCAAGUCCCUGAAUAAUGUGCCUAACUGUACCCGCAACGGUUUUGAUGGAGUGAUCCAGCGAUCGCUUCGCUCUGCCUUUGAAGACGGAGUGUGUCUCAUAGCAACGGUGAGGCUUGCCAAACCGCAGUUUAUCAAGGAAAUGUGCACUGUAGAGGAGCCUAAUGAGGAGUUCACCUCCAGACAUAGUUUAGAGUGGAAGUUUCUCUUCUUGGACCACAGAGCUCCACCAAUCAUAGGUUACCUCCCGUUUGAGGUGCUGGGUACAUCAGGAUAUGACUACUACCACGUAGAUGACCUGGAGACGCUGGCCAAAUGCCACGAACACUUGAUGCAAUAUGGCAAAGGAAAGUCCUGCUACUACAGAUUCCUCACCAAAGGGCAGCAGUGGAUCUGGCUUCAGACCCACUACUACAUCACCUACCACCAGUGGAACUCCAGACCAGAGUUCAUUGUCUGCACACACACUGUUGUUAGUUACGCUGAAGUAAGAGCAGAACAGCGCAGAGAGCUGGGAAUAGAAGAAUCACAACCUGAGAUCACAGCAGACAAGCAGUCCCAGGAUUCAGGCUCCGAGUCUCAGCUCAACACCUCCAGCCUGAAGGAGGCUCUAGAUCGCUUCAACCACAGCCGGACGCCCUCGGCCUCGUCUCGCAGCUCACGAAAAUCCUCGCACACCGCCGUGUCUGACCCAGCCUCAUCACAGAUGAAGCUUCAGGGAGAUCGGAGUACGCCAGGUCGCCAGUCUGUCUCGGCUGUGGAGAUGACAUCACAACGAAGAUCAUCUAUCAGCAGUCAGCAGUCGAUGAGCUCCCAAAAUACAGGACAGAACAUGGCAACAUCCAUUGUUUCACAACAGCAACAACAGCAGCAGCAACAACAGCAGCAGCAGCAACAACAACAACAACAACAACAACAGCAACAACAACAACAACAGCCUCAACAGCAACAAGUUCAGAUCAGCAGCCAAUCGAUGGUGCAGUUCUCCAACCAGAUAGAAGUGAUGCAGAACCUGAAGGAGCAGCUGGAGCAGAGGACAAGGCUGAUCGAGGCCAACAUCCAGCGGCAGCAGGAUGAGCUGCGACAGAUCCAGGACGAGCUGCAGAGAGUGCAGGGACAGAGCCUGCAGAUGUUCUUGCCGAAAGGAGCCGGAGGACUAAGUCUGGGCUCGGUUCAGAUGGCCCAGGGGACCGCUGUGCAGCAGGGGGGAACACUCAGCAUGCAGGGCCAGGUGGUCUCUGCAGGGCCUCUCCAGAACAGCAUACAGCAGCAACAUGCUGUCCAGGCCCAGCCCCAGCAACAAACACUCCUACGGGACCAGAACUCAGCACUCUCACAGUCUCAGCGGUCGUCUCUCACUCUGCAGCCUCAACAGAAUCAACUGCCUGCGUCUCUCUACAACACCAUGAUGAUCCCUCAGCAGAGUCCCGCUAACGUGGUCCAGAUCGCCACCAGUCUGUCACAGAAUACUGGACCCAACACUCCUGCUGUGGCCACGUUUGCACAGGACCGUUCAGCACAGAUCAGGUUUCCUGCCAGUCCUCAGCUGCUCACCAAGCUAGUGACGGGACAGAUGGCGUGCGGUGCAGUCAUGGUCCCCACCACCAUGUUUAUGGGCCAAGUGGUGACGGCCUUCGCUCCCCAGCAAGGCCAGACUCAGACCAUCAGCAUUUCCCAGCAGCCACCUCAGCAGCAGCAGCAGCAGCAGCAGCAGCAGGAGCAGCAGGUACAGCAGCAAUCACAGGUCACAGCCAUGCAGCUGGGGCAGGCGCAACUGGCCCCGCAGCAAACACAGUUCCUGCAGGCUUCUCGGCUUCUUCAUGGAAACCAGUCCACCCAGUUGAUCCUGCAGGCGGCGUUCCCUUUGCAGCAGCAGGGCACCUUCACUGCCACAACCCAACAGCAGCAACAGUUACAACAACAACAACAGCAGUUACAACAACAGCAUCAACAACAACAACAGCAGCAGAAGCAGUUACAACAGCAGAAACAGCAACUUCAACAGCAGCAACAGCAACUGGCUCCUCACAGGAGGGAUAGUUUGUCUGAUCGCUCCUCUACGCAGCCACAGUAGCGGAAGACAAUCAGACGUGGAGCGAGCCGAACCCGAGUAACGGGGGUCUAAAGAGGAGUCUUGCAGCACUGAGACCUCAGAGUCUGAGCGGUGAUUGGAUGGGCAGGCCGGCCGUGGCUUCCCUCCCUUCACCGGGGUCUGUUGCUGUUUGCACUUAACUCCUGAGCAGCGAGUGCUGCAGAGAACCAGGACGCUGUGGCUCCGGGGACAAAGCCCUUUCUCCAAGAAAACAGGGAGCCACGACCCCUAUAAUGGACUCACACCCUCCCCUGUGUGUUUAGUGUGUGUGUGUGUGUCACCCUCACAGGAUUAUUUUAUGCGGAGCUCUCCGGUUAAUCAAGUUAACGCAGCGAAGCUUCUCUCAAAGCUUCUCUCAAAGCUUCACGGACGUCCUGCAGAAACAACCAGAGACUCGCUUGUUUCGGGAUGUUUUCUCCUAUUCUUGUUUUUACAUGUGAAAAUAAUUAUGGGUCAGAAAAUAUUUUUAAGAAUGUGGUAUAGAUUGAACUUUUACUGUACAGAACAUCAUGUGUAAUAUAUAAUGUAAAUACAAUGAAAAAGAAAGAACUAAUAUUUUAUAUGAUGCAUGAAAUGAAAUGCGUAGUCUGUUAUUUGCAGCUUUGAAUAUAUGUUUUUUUUUUCUAGUACUCUAAGAAAAAGAAGAUCUCAAGUGGCUGAUAUUUUCACAGACUGAUGCGUUUGUGUAUCUGCAUAGCAGACGAUGCUGCUCGUUGUGUCACAGUUUGUUUAAUCCAUGAACCAUAUUUUCACAGAAUUUCAUAAAUUUAUCAAAAAAGUAUUUUUAAAGCUUUUUAAGAUGUGCUUAAAGUCUGCACACUAAAUUCUACUUGAGUUGUGAUUGAACUAAAGACUGCCAAGGUUAAGCUACAUGUGUGCAACAAUAAGAUCUGCCAACAUA